AUGCCAGAUCUCACUAUCUUAUCACCACAAUUAGCUCAGGUUAUGGAUGCUACAGUAACCAAUGGAACAGUGUUAGACAGUCCUAGUAUUGAAGUUGAAGCUGAACCCAUUGAUGAACCCAUUAAAGAUCCGCCUGCUUCGAAUUGGACUAAUCUAUUUGCUAAAAACAGAGCUGCAACUAAUGGGUUAAACCUAGAAUAUAUCCCUCCUAAGAUGGUAGAUGGAAAACAGAUAGUUGAACUUGCCCAAGAGGAGAUUGAUAAGGAACUUCAUAAAUGGAACUGCUCAUUAAUAGCCUAUUUUAUCGGAGAGACCCCUGGGUACAAAUCAAUGCAGAGGUAUGUGAUGCAAUUCUGGGAAAAUGCUGCUCAAUCGGACCUAUACUUGCAUGAAGUGGGGCAUUACAUAAUCCGGUUCCAGAACAAAGAGGAUAUCCAAGAAGUUUUCUACAAUGGGCCUUAUACAAUAUGGUCGAUAGAUUUUGAUCUCAGCAAAGAAUUCCCCACGGAAAUUCCAUUAUGGGUUAAAUUCCCAAAUCUACCCAUGACAUGUUGGAGUAAAGACUCUCUGAGUAGAAUUGCUAGUGCAGUGGCCAAGGGAGAUCAGAAGAGACAACGGGCUACAAAGAAGGUCACUCAGGAGUGGAAGUAUAAUGGAGUCAUACCAGCAACAACUGCUAAUCCAACCAGAAUAUGUGAGGAUGAACAAGCUCAUACUCUCACUCAAGAGCCCCCAGGUGAAACCAUGUAUGAACUUCCUCAACUAUCAGAUCAUACUCCUAUGCUAUUCAAUCUGAAAACUGCUCAUUGGACACCUAGAACCCCCUUCAGAUUCUUCAAUAUUUGGACUGACCAUUCAAAGUUCAGAAGCAUUAUUGAAGAUAUAUGGGCCAGACAAAUGGCAACUAAUCCAAUGGAGAACCUGUGGAGGAAAUUGAGGAUGCUAAAAUCACCCCUAAGAGAUUUGAAUAAAGAGGAAUUCAAGGGGAUAGAAAUGAAGCUAUCUAAAGCAAGGAUGGAUAUUCAACAAGUUCAAGAUCAACUCACAAGGAAUGGUUCUGAUACUUUAAUAUUACUGGAGAAGAAGAUUUUACAAGACUUAGAAAAAUGGUCAAAUAUUAAGGAAAAUGCCCUUAAACAGAAAUUCAGAGCUAAAUGGAUACAACUUGGUGAUGGGAAUAAUCAAUACUUCUCAGCAAUCAUAAAAAAGAGACUGCUCAAACCUUGCCUGCAGUCAAUAGAGGAAAUACACGCAACACUUGUAGCUAUUGGAGAUGACAAAGCCCCUGGAGUAGAUGGAUACAAUGCUUAUUUUUAUAAAAAAUCUUCGCCAGUGAUUAAAGAGGAUAUCAUUCAUGUUACCAACUUCAGCUCAGGUAUUAUGCUUAAAGCCAUUAAUUGCACCUCUAUCACAUUGGUUCCAAAAAUCCCUAAUCCUUCUACUGUGAAAGAGUAUAGACCAAUUGCAUGUUGCACAGUUCUAUAUAAAAUCAUAGCAAAGGUUUUAACAAGCAGGCUCCAAGUGGUGAUAUCUUCAGUGAUAAGUGAGGCACAAUCAGGAUUCAUUCCUGGUAGGAAAAUUGCAGAGAACAUCAUCUUAGCAACUGAACUUGUCAAAGCUUAUCAGAGAAAGCAUAUUUCCCCAGGUUGUGUGCAGACAGUGAAUUACUCUGUGAUGAUAAAUGGAGAACCAACUGCUCCCUUUAAUGCUGCCAAGGGACUGAGACAGGGUGAUCCCAUAUCUCCUUUCUUAUUUGCCAUAGCAAUGGAGUAUCUGAGUCGAUCACUCCACACACUCAAGGACAAUAAAAACUAUUAUUUCCAUCCUAGAUGUGCUAAGCGAGGAGUAUCUCAUCUAUGUUUAGCAGAUGACUUGUUAUUAUUUGCCAGGGGUGAUCUCAAAUCAGUUACAACAAUGCUUGAAUCCUUCCAAUUGUUCUCUAAAGCUUCAGGUUUACAAGAAAAUAUGAGUAAAUGUUCAAUCUACUUUGGAGGAGUUUCCAGCAUAGAAAGUGCGAAGAUCAUCCAGUAUACAGGAUUUACUGCAGGCCAACUCCCAUUUAAAUAUCUAGCAAAGGUCUUAAAGUUUAUUGAUUCCCAUUGCAGAAGCUUUCUAUGGUCAGGGGCAAAUGUCAUUAUGAAAAAAUCCCUAGUUUCUUGGGAAAGAAUUUGUGCACCAAAAUCCAUGAGAGGUUUAAAUCUCAUUAACAUUCGGAUGAAGAACAAAGUUGCUAUUGCAAAAACUACUUGUGACCUAGCUCAUAAACAAGACAAGCUAUGGAUUAGAUGGAUCCAUACAUACUAUAUCAAGGCCAGUAUAAUAGAGUCAACUCCAAUUCCGGCACAAACAUCAUGGAUGAUCAGGAAAAUAAUUGCAGCAAGAAAUACUCUGGAACAUACUCAGACAAUGCACCUAAGAACAAUUAGUAUUAAAGCUAUUUACCAGAAGUUGCUGGGGGACAAUCUGAGAGUAAGCUGGAAAUGUUUAAUGUUUACUAACAAUGCAAGACUGAGGGCUAGAUUUACUAUGUGGCUCCAACUCCAGAACAGACUACAAACAACUGACAAAUUACAAGCUUGGGGGAUGGAUGUGGAUCAAAGCUGCAAGCUAUGCAACCAACAGCUGGAAUCCAGGGAUCAUAUAUAUGUUCAAUGCUUUUUCACUCAACAGGUGUGGGAAAGAAUCAUUAAUUGGCUAACAUGGCAGUGGAACAGUACAACAACUUGGGAUGAUCACCUAACUUGGUGUAUCAUACGGGCAAAAGGGAAAUCACUAAAUGCACAAAUCUUCAAAAUGGUUUAUGCAGAACUAGUAUAUGGGAUAUGGAUUGAAAGAAACAGAAGAAUCUUUGAAAACAAGGGACGACAAAGUGAAGAAAUUGCAAAGGAGAUAGCCUUCACCUGUAAUGUGAGAGCACCACUGAGGAUCAAGGCCAAGCUACAAUAA